CUUCUCCAAGAUGUCCAAAUAUUCGGGCAAAAAAUGUCGCCUGCUCUCAAUGAUGUGGCUGACGGCGUUUUUCUUCUUUGUGGAGAUCAUCGUGGGCUAUGUGACCAACUCGAUGGCGCUAGUGGCGGACAGUUUUCACAUGUUGGGCGACAUUGCUGCCCUGGUCAUAUCAUUCCUCUCAGUGAAGAUGUCGCCCAAAAAAUGGUCGAAGAACACCUUUGGCUGGGCACGAGCCGAGGUGCUGGGAGCUCUGGUCAAUGCGGUGUUUCUGGUUGCGCUCUGCUUCAGCAUCACGAUUGAGGCUUGCAAAAGGUUCAUUGAGCAGGAGCCCAUACAUCAGCCAGAGCUAUUGCUCAUUGUUGGUAUACUCGGUCUGCUGGUCAACAUGGUGGGCCUGUGUCUACUCUAUGAGCAUGGCGGUCAUCAUGGACACUCGCAUGGCGGUGGUUUGACACGCAAUCACAGCCGGCUUACAGAGCUGGCCAACAUGGACGAGGGUGAGGAUGAGCCAAACGAUUAUGCCUAUGAAAAGCAGAAGGAAAAGCAGGUUAAGAAGUCCAGCCAUGGACACAGCCAUGAUCCCGGCCAGAUGAACAUGCGUGGCGCCUUUCUGCACGUGCUCAGCGAUGCCUUGGGCAGCGUUAUUGUGGUAGUGAGUGCACUGGUUGUUUGGAAGAGUGACUGGGAGUAUCGUCUGUACAUUGAUCCAGCGCUGUCCAUUGUGCUGGUAGCGCUAAUCUUGCACUCUGUGUGGCCGCUGCUGCGUGAAUCGGCGCUCAUUUUGCUGCAAACGGUGCCCACGCACAUUCAGGUGGACGCCAUACAGAAACGUCUGCUGGAGAAAGUGGAUGGCGUGCUGGCAGUGCACGAGUUCCAUGUCUGGCAGUUGGCCGGUGAUCGCAUCAUUGCGUCUGCACACAUACGUUGCCGCAAUCUGUCAGAGUACAUGAAGAUAGCUGAGAAGGUCAAGGAGUUCUUUCACAAUGAAGGCAUACACUCGACCACCAUACAGCCAGAGUUCAGUGAGAUCGAGGGCUGCAAUAUGUCCGAUGGUACCUCCAGCAUUAAUAUGAGUGGCUCCGAUUGCUGUGCCCUCGAUUGUCCCACCACAGAGGAGGGCUGCGUGAAAGCCACCUGCUGCCAAAACAACAACAAAUUGAAUCCGCUGCCUUCACCCUCAAGCUCACCUUACAUGUGCCGUCAACGCAACGCGGCACGCCAAGCGGGCGAUGUUGAGGCUGGCUCGCUGCUAGAGGCCGCAGCCAGUGGCAUCAACCCGGUGAUAAGCAAUGGCAGUGCUGUUACAGCAGCCGCGGAGCCAACGCCAAAGAAUGAAAUAGUCUGACAACAGCAACAGCAGCAGCCAACAGCACAACAGCAUCAAGUACACUUUGAUACAAGCCCAACCACUAAAACAACCACAACCACAAAAUCAUCAACAACACGUGAUAUAAUAAAGCAAAAAACUUCCAAAGUCAUCGCUGCCAGCGAUGCCAGCCCAAGUCUCUCGCUAACUGCACAAAGACGUCGCGAGCUGCAGCUGCGUGCCGAGGAGCAGUCCAAGGAGCAAGUGAAACUCAGCGGCGGUGCCUGCACCCGGAACGGCGAUGAGGUGGCUCUUUAAAGGAGCAGUAGCAGUAGAAGGAGACGCAACCUAAGCUGUUUAGUAGAAAAUACAUACACACACAUAUUUUGUUUUUAGUUCGUGGUUAAGUGCAGGUUCUCAGCGUUGUCUAGUUUAGCAGAUAAAGAAUUAUUUUAAAGUGUUGGUGCUUAUGUGCAACAAGCGACUACAACAACAUAAACACAAACAUUAACAGCGCACUAUAAUUCAUUUAUAUAUUUUAUGUGCUAGUUUAAUUGAAAUCAAAAUGUUUAGAUUUAGCAAUUUAGCACUUAUUCAUAUAAUAUAUUUAAAUUAUAUGAAAUGUUGAUAGAUUGAACAAAAUGAAAAACAAUGAAACAAAAGAUUAGUUAAUUCUUAGCCGUAAGCGCAACAACAAUUAAGAAUAUAUGUACGUUUUUUACAUUUUGAAAAAGUUUAUACAUGAAAAGGAGAUGAAAAAAAAAACACAUUAUAUUUAGUAGAUAUAUAUAUAUAUACAUAAUAUAGUUAAUGAUCAAAGACAGUGACAGCUGUGACUGUUUAGAGAAAAGUUAAAAGAAUUACGAAUACCUAGCGUAUUAAAAUUUUUGCAAAUUCUAUAUAAAAAAAAAAAAAGUAAAAUAAAAACUUAUAUAUACAUUCUAUAAUUAGGCAUUAAUUUUUUAUUCUUAGUAGUUUGAUUAAUAAUGCUAAAGUAUGAAAAGGGUUUUGCUGCGCUAUGCUAAUUAGUAUAUCAUUAAUUAUAUUUAUCAUUGCUAUGCCGCUGUAUUAUCCUAUCUGAUUGUUUCACUGUGUUUACGUAUAUGUCUGUAAAUAUGCCUACAUCAAACAUAAAUCAUUAUAUAAUUAAAUGAUACGAGAAAUGAAAGCCAAACAAUA